ACUAUGUUGCGCACGGAAUGACGUUCAGUAGUAGGUAUUCCCUUACAAGUGAAUACGAGAAUAGGCUGGCCUUUUAACUUGAAAUAAUUCUUACCUACUAUACGUAGUGGACAUAUAAUUCAGUUUACUUUAGGUACAACAAUUUAGAAACUUGACGUCCAGCAUUCGACUUUCUCGCAAUGUGCCUUGAUCAUAACUAGUCAGAUGCCCUAGUCGUUUCUUAACCGCAUCGCUUGGUUAGCGGUAUGGUUACAAAAGUGAUCCUUCAUUCUUUGUUGCCAUUGAUCGGAGAGCCUCUGAUUCUGGGGUGUGAACUGUAACGAGAUGUCUAAUUUUACAGACAUGUGUUCCUCAAUUUGGAUUGGAGUGAUACUGUUGAUUUGUGCGGUCCCAAAAAGUGUACAAAGUGUAGGCACAGAAUAUCUCCACAUGGUAGAGCCAUGUCUACCUAGCGUGACAACAGUGGGUGGAACUCACGCUCCAGACACUAUUUGUUCGGGAGCAUUGAUAUUUGCUGAUGAAUUUGAUGAGUUCAACCUUGAGACAUGGCAGCAUGAGAACACUCUGGCUGGCGGCGGCAAUUGGGAGUUUCAAUACUACAACAACAACCGUACGAACUCAUUUACAGAUGAUGGAAUCCUAUUCAUUAGACCUUCACUGACGUCAGAUCAGUUCGGAGAGUCGUUCCUAUCAAGUGGCCGUCUUUACAUCGAUGGCGGAGCCCCAGCCGAUAGGUGCACAGAUCCCCAAUGGUUUGGUUGCGAGCGCACAGGCACGCCAACAAACAUACUGAACCCUAUCAAAAGUGCGCGCAUCCGCACCGCCAAUUCCUUCAGCUUCCGAUAUGGUAGAGUCGAAGCCCGCGCCAAGUUGCCAGCUGGGGAUUGGCUGUGGCCAGCCAUUUGGCUAAUGCCCGCCUUCAACGCCUACGGGACGUGGCCGUCUUCAGGCGAGAUUGACAUCAUGGAGUCUCGUGGCAACCGCGACUUGCUACAGGACGGCGUGAACAUUGGCGUUCAAGAGGCCGCCUCUACGUUGCACUAUGGGCCAUAUUCUCAAUUGAAUGGUUGGGAACGAGCGCACUGGGUCGGCAAAAACGACACUGGCUACAAUAGCGCAUUCCAUCUUUAUCAACUAGAAUGGACUCCAGAUUAUAUCAAAUUUAGUAUCGACAAUGUAGAACUCGGAAAAGUAGAUCCAGGCAAAGGUGGCUUCUGGAAAUAUGGAGAUUUCGAUAGUAAUCGUAACAUUGAGAACCCCUGGCGCUACGGAAGCAAAAUGGCACCUUUUGAUCAAAAGUUCUACAUAAUAAUUAACUUGGCGGUCGGUGGUACUAGUGGAUACUUUCCCGAUGGAGUUCAAAACCCCACUCCCAAACCAUGGUUGAACUCUUCGCCGAAAGCUGCUACUGACUUUUGGGAUGCGAGAGAAGCUUGGUUGCCCACAUGGGGACUCGACCAAAACGAUGGACGAAACGCUUCCCUUCAGGUGGAUUACGUGCGGGUUUGGGCUUUAUAGAGCGUCGUGACACGUGCAGAAGUCGACGUUUGCAUGAUUCAGGGUAAACCACAAUUCAAAAAUAAAUAUGAAUAGUAAAAAAGAAAUACAUAGAGAAAUUAAACAUACCUACCUAUUUUUUAAAAAGUUUUUUUAGUGUUUCGUACCUCAAAAGGAAAAACGGAACCCUUGUAGGAUCACU